AUGACAGCUCAUGCUUUACCUCACGAAGGUCACUCUCACCUCUCAAAGCGUUGCAGUUUUUUCAAUGAACUUAUUGGUAAUUGUGACGAUGGUGUUGACUUUGGUGGAAAUUGUUCCGUUCUACCUUGUAAAGAUGGUCUGGUUUGCAAGAAUGAUCUCAUCACAGGAACGCCUACUUGUACUACUGACAGCUAA